UCUCAUCGCCCCGCCCCCAGACCGCCGACCAUCGACCCAUUGGUAAAAAACGAUGCUUGCCCUUUAAGCGGCGGGACUUCUGGUCAACGUCGUUCGCUAACGCCGGAAGGGGAAGUUUCGCCUCCGAACGCUCCCUCGCUCGUCCGAAUUCGGUGGCGCCACGUCCGCCGGUCUCCGCCUUCUGCACCGCGACACCUGCCACUCGCAGAGCCGGCCGCGUCGUGAGGGGCCCGGGACGGGGAGUCGGGCGGCGGUGCGCAUCCUGGCCACCUAAGAAGCGAAGAUGUCGGACAUCGGGGACUGGUUCAGGAGUAUCCCGAGCAUUACGCGCUACUGGUUCGCCGCCACCGUCGCGGUGCCGUUGGUGGGCAAACUCGGCCUCAUCAGCCCGGCCUACUUCUUCCUCUGGCCCGAAGCCUUCCUCUACCGCUUCCAGAUUUGGAGGCCAGUCACCGCCACCUUCUAUUUCCCCGUGGGUCCGGGAACAGGAUUUCUUUAUUUGGUCAACUUAUAUUUCUUAUAUCAGUAUUCUACACGACUCGAAACUGGAGCUUUUGAUGGGAGGCCAGCAGACUAUUUAUUCAUGCUCCUCUUCAAUUGGAUUUGCAUCGUGAUUACUGGCUUAGCAAUGGACAUGCAGUUGCUGAUGAUUCCUCUGAUCAUGUCCGUGCUUUAUGUCUGGGCCCAGCUGAACAGAGACAUGAUUGUAUCAUUUUGGUUUGGAACACGAUUUAAGGCCUGUUAUUUACCUUGGGUGAUCCUUGGAUUCAACUAUAUCAUUGGAGGCUCGGUAAUCAAUGAGCUAAUUGGAAAUCUGGUUGGACAUCUUUACUUCUUCCUAAUGUUCAGAUACCCAAUGGAUUUGGGAGGAAGAAAUUUUCUAUCUACGCCUCAGUUUUUAUACCGCUGGCUGCCCAGCAGGAGAGGAGGCGUGUCCGGCUUUGGCGUGCCCCCUGCUAGCAUGAGGCGAGCUGCUGAUCAGAAUGGUGGAGGUGGGAGACACAACUGGGGACAGGGCUUUCGACUUGGGGACCAGUGAAGGAGUGGCCUCUGGCCUGCCCACCAGCCCGUCUGCUCAGAUGAGUUUUUCUCCCAGUGCUGAGUGUGCUUAACAACCGAGUUCUAGCAAACACCGUGGGACCUGACCCACACUGAAUGUAGUCUUUCAGUACAAGACAACAUUUUUUAAAUCCUGAAGAAAAAUGUAAGUGUUCCUCAAGUUCCAUGAUUCUCAUUCAAGUCCUUACUGCUAUGAAGAACAAACGUCAACUGUGCAAAUUUCAGAACUGACUAGAUUUUUUUGGUGUCUUUUUUUUUUUCUUUCUCUUCUGUCUGAAUAAUGGGUUUUGGCAGGUCCUGGUCUGCUGGCACCAACCUGGGCAUCUGGAGUUGGGUCACCAAAUCCUUGUCAAAGGGACUCGUACCUCUUUCUUGCACACAUGCCUCCCUCCCAUUUUUUCCAGCUCCCAAAUUUGCAGCUAGAGGAGGUUGCCCUUAAAAUGGUCCCGCCUUUGACAAGCUGUCUUAUUUAUUGACUUUUGCCAAGGCUGGGUCACAGAGAACUUGUUUGCAUCCGUUUUUUCCCCUUUGGUGGCAGAACUGAAACAAUAGGGGAGAAGACAGGAACAGCGGAUGAAGAGCUUUUUCUCAGCUUUUGCAAUUGCUGUGACCUGAUAUCAGUUGCUACCACAUGCCACCUCUUCAGAUGAUUUUAUUAAAAAAAACCCAACCAAACAAAAAAAAACACCACUGAGUCAGUGAGGGCCGUAGAUUGGUAUUGAUGAGGCGUGACAGUUGUUUCUAGGCAUUUUUUUUUCCCUAAUUUAAAUGAUCAAAACUAUAGUGGAGUUGCCUCUUACAUGGGCUGGGUUGAAACCAUGGUGAGCAUAAUCCCUUUGCAUCUCGUGUGUAGGGAGGGCAUACUGGCUUGGUGUGUGCCCCGAGUAGCUGGACUGUGUUGUGCUAGAAAUUCCCAAAUCACAUUUGCCACAGGGAGAUGCUGUCUUUGGGAGGCUCCUGGGCGUUGAUUCCAUUUCAUUCUCAUCGUGGAUUUGUGUUUAUGAGUACAGUGGAGGGGAGAACCGUAGGUCAUUUUUUGGGUUCCCCCUCCCUGCUGUCCCCCAUGGCCGCGUGCUUCAGUUAAUUGUGAGGCAGGUGCGGCUCCUCUGUACGUACAUAGAUCACAUUUUAAGAGCUAAUAUGGCACAUCUAAGUAAGUCACAUAAUUUGGGGCUGUAAUGGCUUUAGAAUCAUUUGUGUUUGAGGGUCUUUAUCAUUUUGAGUCACGAAUGUACAUCAGACCAGCUGAAAUACCCACCACUCGUUUCUCGCAGGUGGACUUUUUCUAUCAGAGCGAGGCUUGUCACCAAAUAAAGUUUUUUGAAGGCUA